AUGGAGUGUCCCAUAUGCCUGGAGCCAUACACUGGAUCUCGAGGGCCACAUCUUCCCAAAGUUUUUUCUUGCGGUCAUAGCAUUUGCGAACUAUGUUUGAAGGAAUUUUCCGGUGCCCAACUGGAGUGUGCACUUUGCCGUGCCACGGUCGAUGCAGCACAUAUUUCGACCAACUACGCACUUUGCUCCGUACUCGAUGCAGAAAUUGCCCAGGCACCCUCCAACACUGCUCGAACUGGUUCAACUACUGCUCGCAGUAGUUCCCCCAGUCCAAAGGCUCGAAGUGAUGACGGUUUCUUCUCAAUGACUGAAGACUCAGAUGAUGAUGACCCGCUUCCUGCAGGGCGGCGUGGGAACGGUAGAGCCCAGGCCGACGUUCGCCGGACGUUCGCCGAGCGUUGGGCGCCCUCUGCUCCUCCGCUGACCUUUGAGCAAUUGGACCAGCUGGAUCCGGAGCUGGCACCAUCUGCCCCACCUUUCGCCACUGCGAUGAGAAUUUGGACUCGGAAAAACAUGACAAGUUUGGCUGUUUGA